UCGAAUUGUUUUUAUUUGUGGAUGCCAGCUCUUGAAAGACAGCUCGUGAUUCGCCCAAAUAAAUUCCGAGUUAGCAUCCGAGAGUCCCAAGACCUUGCUAGCUACACUGUCUCUGGUUGCUAGACGACUGCAGCGUAACAUUGAUGCCAAAGCUUGAAUAAGGAAGAUACGCAACAAAUCGUUCAAUUAAUUGUUGUAGCGACCACGUCGGCCAGCCUUUGUUGUAAAUGGGGGACAGAUAUCAACGUCUUCGAAAGCAUUUGAUGUGGGAGAAAGCGGAGACGUCCAAAUCUUCUUUGGUCAAAUUUUCUGUUAGCUGCAUAGCUAGCUAGCUAUUAACAACGCGAUUGCAAGUUGCAGUAUCUAGCAGGUUAGCUAGCUCACUACGUUAGAUAAUGUAUAAGGUUACAGUCGUUAGUUAGCUACCUAGCAACGGUUCCUCGUGGUUUUUGAUGAAGCUUUGAAAAAAAUGCUGUUGUACAUUGUUGUGUGUAUGUGCAGCAGCUUUUAAACUGGUGCGUUAGCUUGAGUAAAGUGAAGAUAUCAAAUAUCAUGCCUCGGUUUUUUCCCCUCCGAAUGACAAACUGCAAACCCAAUAAUGGAUACCAGCAGUUUCAACAGCCAACCUACUUAGCUAGCUUACUGGCUUGCGAUCUAGUAGCUUGUUAACGGAAUUAGAGUACCGUUACGUUAUAUGGUUUGCAAAGUGAAGUCACUCAAAUUUAAAUCGCCAACAUUCGCAAGUGAACAACUGGUACUUCUGUAGCCUACAUUACCUAACAUCAUAGCCACAGCUAAUGCUAGGUCAGUGUUGCUUGUUAAUUUGGAAGGAUACAUUCAGUAGCAAAAUAUCUAGACAACGUUAUGUCCGUCGUCACAGCCAGUGAUUUUCUUACGGAUGAAGAGUUGGAAGAUCUGGGUGAAGAUGGACUUUCAGUUGUUACCUAUAUGUCGGACGCUGAGAAGCGACCCAGAAGAAAGAAAAUAACCAGUAGUAAACCACCUCCAUCACCUAAAUCGCCUUAUUUGACUAGCACUAACCUGCACCCAAAAAAGGCAGCAGUGUGGCGAUCUUUGAAAGGGAGCGGGAUGAUGCACACCGAAAAUCCAACAGCACGAGCACCCAGGGAGUUCUGGCUGGCAUCACUCAAAGGUGGACUUGCAGUGUCUCAGCCUUUGAAAACAGACUGUGAUGUGACCUCAGCUCGGCUGUCUACUUCCAUCAGCACACCUGAAUACCUGAAGGAGGCUUUUGGAAUGAAGAAACCAAAGCACUCUCGUUCUGCCAGUAAUGGUUAUAUUCCAGGAACUCCAGACUUUAAAGAGAAAGAAGACAUGUAUGAUGAAAUAAUUGAACUGAAGAAGUGCUUGCAGGCUCAGAAAGCAGAAAAUGACAUAAUGAAGACCAAACUGCGCAGACUGGAAGAGGAUAACAGUAAAAAAGAAAAGCAAAUAGAGCAGUUGCUUGACCCCACAAAGGGCUCUGAAUACACAAGGGCUUUAGUUGAUAAAAAGAACGAUGGAAGGGCUGUCAUCAAUGGUCUGAAGCAAAAGAUUCUUAAGUUGGAACAGCAGUGCAAAGAGAAGGACAGUGCGUUAAGUAAACUUCAGAGUGAUUUGAAGACAACAAGUAUGGAAGAAAUGAAGAUUACACUGGAAACAUACUUUGAGGAGAUUCAGAGGCUGAGGGUGUUACUAGCCAGUGCAGAAGCCACAGAGAAAAGCAACAGAGCUGAGAGUAAAGAAUCCCUGAAACAGCUGAAAGUUCUCAACACAACCAACCUGAGACUGUCAAAAAACAUCAAACAGCUACAAGAGGAGAAUAAAACUCUGCGGGAAGAACUUGAGAGAGCAACCGAAAGCCCUUCCAGCACUGCCAGAGGGUACAGUGAAUGGAGUAAACAGAGGCUGGUGAGGCGAAUCACUGAGCUAGAGAAGAAAAUUGAGGAUUCUGGAGGUCCACAGUCUGCCAAAGAGACAGAUUUGGCUGGUGGUGCCAAGGCUACCCACAUGAACACGGUGGUGCAGAAUGCAGACCUGGCCAUGCAGGGAGUCACUGCGGCCCCCUCAGGCAAUGACCUCCAGGAGUGCACACGUCUACGGGGGCUUGUCAAGAAGCUUAGGGAAGAGCGGGCUGGGCUGCAGGAAUCUCUUGCUGACAGAAUUGCAGAGAUAAACCGGUUAUCUACUGAAAAAGCUCAAGCUUCAAAAGAUGUUGAGAGGCUGAAGGCUCUUGAACAUGAAGUAUCAAGUCAGAAAGAGGAAAUUGAGAGAUUAACAGGAAAAAUAGAAAUGCUGGAAGCGGAGCUAAAAGAGGAGCGACGUCAAAGGGCUGAAGCACAACAAAAUGAUCAGAUGUUAUGUUCUGCCUGUGGAGAUCCAAGAGGUCAGACUCAGAAAAGUCCUGGGCAGAUUUCUGAAUUUCUAUCACCCCAAGUGGCCCAGCACCAAAGACAGGAUGAAACAGAGGAGAGGGCAGCAAGGACCAUCCAGAGACACUGGCAUGAUUACAGAAACCGAAAAGAAAACAGAGCUGGAUAUUCUGAGGAGGACAUAGUCAUGAUUCAGUCAGCACUAAGGGGACAUAUGACCAGGCUAAAACAGUUCGCACACCUUAAAGAUGCCCAGAAAGAUAAAAAUAUCUUCCACAAGAGCCGCCAGAGGGAGUCCAGCAGCACAGCUCCCGGCCUCCAUGUGGGUGACGGGGAUCAAGAUGACGACACCGUGACACUCUUGCAGUCUGCUUUCAGAGGGCACCUGGCACGCUGCAGACUGGCCACAAACAGCGCCUCUGUUGGGACAGAGUCACAGACCUCUACUCCCAGGACAGAGAGCUCUGUACCAACACCAGCCCCGAGAGUGAUCUCCUCAGCUGUUCCACGCUACCACUCAAACACCCAAGGUGUUAGCAGCACUACAGGGAGUGAUGAGGAGGUGAUCGAGGAGGAUAUCCCUGAAGACACUGGAAUGGACACUGAUGAAAAUUGUAACAGUGCAGACUCCAAUCACUCUAGCGCUUUUAAGCAGAAGACUGCUCCAGCACAGUUAGAGCUGCAUCAGCCCACAGUUGCUGAAGCCACGAAAGCAGGCGACUCGGACGACUCCGAUGACAUCAUUGUUUCACCGUCAAGGCCUCUGAGACGAAGAGACUCCUUCUUCUAGUUAAUGUUGGCUUUCAUUGUGCACUGCGUCUGUGGAGGCUGAAUUGGAAGUUUCUAGACUGAGCCAAAGCCAAUGCUCAUGUUCAGGCUUGCAUUUAUGUGUACUGCAGUUGGGUGUAUGGGUGCGUGAAUGAAAUCAGUUUUAUUUAAGCUCGACAUGAAUCACUUGUGUCCUUGAACAAUGGAAACCAUUCCUCUUGUGUGCAUAAUUGCAUCAGUCCAUUGUUAUUACCAGCUCCUAGCAAACGGCAAAAAACUGUAUUACA